AUGACUUUAUUUUAUUCCUAUUCUAGUGUGGAUGAACAAGACCGCACUGGGGGAGGCGAGGAAACAUAUAAGACUUUGAUUAAACUACAUUCGGACGGACGAAGCUUGUGGUCAAGUCCGUCUCUUUUCAAGGCUAUUUGCGAAAUUGAUGUGGCAUUUUUUCCACUCGACCAGCAAACAUGUCGCCUCAAGUUCGGCUCCUGGACAUAUGACUCGAGCAAGCUCAAACUCACGACCAAGGAGAACGCAACAUUUCCUUCGAGUGAUUAUAUAAAGAACGGGGAAUGGGGGAUUUAUAAAGUGGAAACAAAAGCGAGAGAUCACACGUACGGAUCUGGUGAGAAGUACAUGGAUGUGACGAUGACCAUUGCUAUGAAGAGACAGCAUCUGGAUUACAUGAUUAACCUGGUUAUACCCUGCUUGAUGAUUUCAUGUAUGACUUUCUUGGGUAAGUAGUAAUUGGCCGAUUGGGCAACAAUCGUAAAUUACCGAUUAUUCUGAAUGCCACAAUCUGCCAGAUACCAGUUCGAAUUCUGGAAAAUUUAGGAUCAUAAUGAAAAACUGGCGUUUUCAUUGCAGACGAAAACGCAAAAAAAUCUUCCCGCUGCUUGUUUCAAUAGAGAAUUUAAGCUUCGCGUUAUACGUCAAACGGCAAACGCAAGACAAAGAAAAAUUUUACUGUAUCAGGCAAUAAAGAGUAAAUAAACUUGCUGUUUUAAAACUACAAUGCAUGAUUAUCCUUUCGACACAAGAAAGAAAAUAUGAAACGAAAACGUUGAACGAAAAGUUUUCCAAGAAAGUUCGAACCUUCAAGUACUAAAAGACCUGAAAUGCGCCUUAAAAACCAUCAUUCAAAAGGCUGAACUGUGCCUAGCCUUUAAUCGGCUUACACGAUUUUUCUUGUCAGGCUUCAUCCUUCCACCAGAAUCGGGCGAACGAGUGGGACUGAGCAUCACCGUUCUCCUGGCCAUGACCGUCUUUCAACAGCUCACAUCAGAAAUAAUGCCUUCUUAUGGCUUCCCUUUACUCGGCCAGUAUUACUUCGCUACGAUUUUGGAGAUUGGCGGCGCACUACUCAUCACCACUAUCAUUCUCAACUUCUACCACCGCACAAACCGUCAUAUGCCAGGAUGGUUACGAGUUUUGCUUUUGGAGUGGAUGUCACGGAUCGUGUUUCUCCACGAGUCCGCAGAAAAGUGCAACAAAUCUCGAAAGAAGACGAUAAAACGCGGAAUGCGUGAGAACGUUGACGCCGUCGUGAAUAACGGCUACGCAAUCGGCGAGCAUCCGCGUGACGCUGACAUCGUGGGCGCAACUAGAACCCAGUACCACGAGAACGGGCGUGAAGCCGACGAGAAUCAUGCGAAGCCAACAAACGACCACAAUGUUCUAAAGCUAACCCUGGGCUCUAUCGGAAACGAAUUUAAUUCUCAGAAUGUCCAAAACGAAAAAGGAAUGUUUACUGAUGAAACCGGAGCUUCUGUCAGCGAGGAAGAAAUGCGGAUGCGUCAUCAACAGUGGACGCUGGCCGCGAAAGUCUUAGAUCGCUUCUUCUUAUGGGGUUCAGCCUUCAUCGGUAUUGCCACCAUAUUGGGAAUUUUCCUCAGAGCGCCCGGAAUCUGGGAUGAUUCAGUUGAACUGACAUUAUGAAACCCGCAUGCCCGGUCAUUGACCACUGGUAUUAAUCCAGUUAAUUUCAGUUCAGUCAUUUUGUGGUUCAGUGGACAUUUUUGCUAUAAAACAAUGAAUUUAUAGAGUUUGAGUUAGUUUCACAGGUUCUAAAACAAAUUCGAGAAGAUAGGGGUUUGGACCCCCCGUUUUUCAUAAUGACAUGGAGUUCUUUCAAAUAUAAUGUAAAAAUAUUCCGGGAGGCAUGGAUGGGAAGAUUGUCCAACACUAAGCUGUAAAUAUAAUUUUAUUGUCACUGAACCGCUGAUAUAUUGCAUAGCCAUGUUGGAAAUUGCAAUGCAGGGUUUUAUUUUGGGACAUACUCUGUACUCAGUGGAAUCAGAUUCAUUCUAUGCCUCGUUCGUUUAUGAUAGUGUCCAAAAUAGUGCUUACAUGCUUUAAUACUGCAUAGUUUUAUGGCUGUCGCUUAAGUGAUACCAAGCUUAUGAGUUAUGUAUUCUUAGGCUAGUACUAGGGUAGGGUAGGGUGAAGUGGCUAAAAAUCGUCUGGAAAACCCGAAAAAAAGAUUUUUAUAAGUUAAGACUUUAGUUUUAAAAACAAUUGUAUUAAUGGUAUAGUAAUAUGUAAGCGGUAAGCCCACCGUUACCUAUUUUCCCACGUUUUUAACGUUGAAGGUUGAACUGGCGCCGUGAUUUUUCAAACAGCUUUUUCCGUUUUUUUGCCUAGAACAACAUAGGUUGAAUCGGUUUAAAAAAAAACACAUCGUUUUCCCGGUCAUCGAUUAACCGCCUCGCCCUAGUUGCCAAUUUUUGAACCGUUAGUUGUAAAUAUGCUUGUAUAUCAAUGUAGAAAUUAUCCCAUCAUGAAUAUUAUUAAUAUCAAACUAAAUGAAAAAAUUUCAGCACUGCAUAAUAUUAUGUGAAUAGGGUUCGACUCAUGCACCACUGGACCCAAGCAGGGUUUGAGAUUAGAAUAGGAAUCCAUUUUAGGUACCAGCAUCUUUUAACCUGGUAUUAAAAAAGAUAUAGAGUAAAUUACUAAAUUAGCC